GAGUCGGUUGAUGACGCCUUUGUGCUCGGCCGUGUUGUUAAGGUGACUCCUCUGCAAGUGACCCUGCAGAUGGCGAACAAUGAGAAGCGGUCGGUACCUGUGGCGGAGGUGAUGCCAGCGGGCAACUGGACCCCCUCCGAGGAGUCGCCCGAUCUCUGUUCGCUGCCGGCUCUCAAUGAGGCGACUGUGCUUGCGGCGUUGCAGCAUCGGAACCGCCGCGGGGAGGUGUAUACGUGGGUGGCCAACCUGCUCAUCUCCACUAACCCGUGCCGCCCGAGGGAGGACCUUUACGGGCAGUCGAUCAUGCAGCCGUUUGCCACGGGCGAGAUUGGCAAGGCGCCGCCGCACCUCUACGCGGUGGGUGAGGCUGCCUACCGCGGUGCCACGGCAGAUUCAGUUCUCUACCCGCGCACUCAGCAGGCCAUCAUCGUGUCGGGCGAGUCGGGCGCGGGCAAGUCGGUGGCCGUCAAGCUCCUCUCUGAGUACCUUGCCUGGCGUGCCGCCUGCACGCUCCACCCCGCAGCCGAGAAGCCCUCUGAAUGGGUGGAGGAGAUCGGGCGCGUGCUUCUCGCCUGCCGACCGGCACUCGAGGCCCUCGGAAACGCUCGCACGGCGCGGAACCGCAACUCGUCCCGGUUCUGCAAGUUUGUCUCCAUCGGGAUGUGCGGCGGAAGCUUCGAUUCGGUCUCUAUCUCGACGUACUUGCUCGAGCGCUCACGCGUCGUGCACCACGACCCGGCCGUCGAGCGAAACUUUCACGUCUUCGAGUCUAUGCUACUCGGCAUGAGCGACCAGGAGAGGCGCGAGGCAGCUCUGCCGCAUGCCACGGUCUCUGAGUAUGCCUACCUUGGUGGCCGCCGCUCCGCGCCGCCAACCGGUACGAGCCGUCUGGAGGCAGAGUCGCGGCUCGCGGACCUACGCGCCUCGCUCGACGCGAUCGGUGUCAAGGGUGAUGCCCAGAGAGGCGUCUUCACGCUCCUUGGCGCCGUGCUCUGCCUCGGGAACGUCUCCUUCGUCGAGGACGACUCGGGGAGAGAAGGUGCGUGCAUCAAGGACUCAGCCAUGCUCGAGGCGGCAGCAGCCGCGCUGGGCGUGCCAGCCGCGCCGCUUAAGCGCUACCUGACCACGCGACCAGUGAAUGGCCACGCCACCCUCGCCGCCGCCACCCAAACCGUUGAGUCGCCGCUCGCCAAGCUCCUCUCGCCCACCGAGGCAGCGCGCUGCCGCGACUCGCUGGCAAAGGCCAUCUACGGCAACCUCUUCCAUUGGCUCGUGCGCCGCAUGAACCGUGCGCUCGCGGCCGACUGCAUCGGCCUCCUCGACAUCUUUGGGUUUGAGUCGUUCGACACCAACUCCUUUGAGCAGCUCUGCAUCAACUACGCCAACGAACAGCUGCAUCAGCUGUUUGUGCACACUGUCUUCACCGACGAACGAGCCAUCCACAUCGCGGAGGGCGUGCCCUUUCCGCGGCUGGAUCUCCCCGACGCGAGCAGCUGCAUCGCCGCUAUCGCUGAGCGGCCAAACGGCAUCCUGUGGCUUCUCGACUCGUCGACUCGCCUAUUCGGUGCUCGCGAGGAGUCCUUCUUCCUCAGCGCCAACAAGGAGGCGGCACGCACCAAAGGUGCCGCGUCGGCGCGCGUUCUGCCCGUCCCGCGAAGGCUGCGCGCGGAGGAGGCUUUCGUCAUCCGGCACUUUGCGGGCGACGUCACGUACAAGGCUGGGGGUGCUGUCGGUAGCACCUCGCCGACGUGGCUCGACAAGAACAACUCCUCGCUCGUGUCGGAGCUGCACCAAAUCAUGCUAACCUCCACCUCGCCGCUCGUCGUCGACAUUUUUGGCGAGGCUGCCGACCGCCGCCGCGAUUCAUUGGCGCACGUGCGAUCCGUCGCCCGGGACUUUGUCUGUAACUUAGACGAGCUGAUGGGGGUGCUGCGUGCCUCGCGCCUGCACUUUGUCCGCUGCGUCAAGCCGAACUGCCAGCUCCAGCCGGACGCAUUCUCACCCUCGACCGUGCUGCGCCAGUUGCGCUGUGCAGGGACUCACGAGGCUGUGCAAGUGAUGAAGCUUGCCUACACGUCGCGCGUCCGGUACGAGAGCCUCUUCGGCAUGAUCAGCGCGGUUCUGCCUGCGGGUUUUGACCAACGCACC